AUGGGAGGCUUCGUUAACGCAGAGACGCUAAGACAGUAUGAGUCGUCAAAGUCUGAAGCCAGUAAUGGCAUUACCCCUCUUCAGCAGAUGGUGGCGUCCUGCUCCGGAGCCAUCGUCACAUCUCUGUUUGUUACUCCUUUGGACGUCGUGAAGAUCAGACUGCAAGCUCAGAAAAAUCCCUUCCCCAAAGGUAUAAUGAAUAUGGAAUGCUUUGUUUACUGCAAUGGACUUAUGGACCACAUAUUGUGUGUUGAAAAUGGAAACACUAAGGCCUGGCUAAAAGCCCCCAGUCACUUCAAUGGCACACUGGAUGCCUUCGUCAAAAUAGUGCGCCAAGAAGGAACCAAAGGAUUAUGGAGCGGUCUCAUACCUCCAACCCUUGUUAUGGCAGUCCCAGCUACCGUGAUCUACUUCACGUGCUACGACCAGCUGUGUUCAGCGCUGCGGGUCAGGAUGGGAGACUACUCUCAGGAGGCUCCUCUCCUGGCAGGAGCGGUCGCUAGAGUGGGUUCGGCGACAGUGAUCAGCCCUCUGGAGCUGAUCCGUACGCAGCUGCAGUCUCACAAACAGUCGUACAGGGAGCUGACUGACUGCAUCCGCUCUGCAGUGCAAUCAGAGGGCUGGCUGUCUCUGUGGCGAGGCUUGGGACCCACGCUCCUGCGAGACGUGCCCUUCUCAGCCAUGUACUGGUACAACUACGAGAAGGCCAAGAGCUGGCUGUGUGAGCGCUCUCACACCAGGGAACCCACCCUUACCAUCAUUGUAUCAGGAGCGAUGUCUGGCUCUAUUGCGUCCAUUGUGACUUUACCCUUUGAUGUCGUCAAAACGAGAAGGAGGCUGGAGUUGGGAGAGCUACAAGCAAAGAAUUUGUCAUGUCAGGUCUCCUUCACCUUCAGCGUGAUGAGCAGGAUUGUGGCGCAGAGCGGGUUUAGUGGACUGUUUUCAGGUUUCAUCCCGAGGUUGAUCAAAGUGGCUCCAGCCUGCGCCAUCAUGAUCAGCAGUUAUGAGUUCGGAAAAACCUUUUUCCGCAAACGCAACGAGGAGAGGACACUCAGGCCACUGCAGGACACGAACGCUUGAUAUAUUCCCUGUCAUUUCUCUACAAACCAAACAGAACUACUGCUAGAGUUUACCUCGGGAGGGGGGAAUGCACAUGUUGCCAAACUACAAACAAGUAGAAAUGUAAAUGAACAAAAUUAUGAACUACUUUACCCUUUCUGAGUAAGAAGAUUUAUAUUAAAUUAUUAUAAUUAGUAUUUAUAAUGUAUUAUUCUAUGAUUUGAUGUGAUAGAUCCUGUGUGUGGAAAUUAAAAGAAGUGAUGUUUUCAUCAGUGUUCAAAUCAAAUGCUUUUUGAUGAAUUGAACUGCCAGCAGAUUGGCACCCCCGGUGUUGUUAAUCUGUAUGUUUCCAAUUCCCUGUGACCUGUGAAUAUGUGUGAGACAAACACGAAAGCCAAAAUCGUACCAUUUUGAAGCCGUGAGUUUGUUUUCAGUUUGAAGAGACUGAAAGAGGACUGUGAAUUAUGUAAACUUUCUGAAAAUGUUACGUCUAAAAUGUUGAAUAUACGUACGUGAUAUUCUUUAGAAUGUCUCAUUCAUUGACUUUAUGCAACGUGUUCACCUCACUCAUUAUGGACAUCAAUCUCACUGUUUGAGUAAGAGCAGUUUAUUCAAAAUGAAGAAUAAAAAGGCAAAUAAAUCUAAUAAAACAUCUGCUGCAUGUCUGCAAAUUACUGCUGGAACGAGCUAAGGUGAAAUCAUAUUUCAGUGUUGAGGUAUACGGUUAGUAACUAACAAAACAAAUUGAAAUGUUCUGAUGAUUCACUCAUUUCUCAUUCUCGGAAAUAUCUGUUGCAAAGUAUUUUUUAACAACGUCUUAACAUAGAGUUUUAGGAAUUACCUAUUUGUUGUAACUAGUGAUCAAAAUACUACAUUUUGAUAAUCGAAGGGAAUAAAAACAAGUGUCUGUGUCUGAUGAAGCUGGACUUUAAAGUAAACCCAGAAGUGAAGGGUGAAUAUUAUCUUAGGGAUCAUUACCUGAGAACAAAACCCCUGUGAGACUGCAAUUUGUACAACAAUGACAAAGCAACACUGAUCAAAUAAAAGUAUUUACACCUGACGUGAAAUGUGAGACAGCAUAGAGCAAACUUUGAAAUUGUAAUCUGACAAAAGUGAGAGUACAUACAUUGUAAUCAAAGA